GUCAGUUUAAAAGCACACUGAUUUCCCUGCAUUCUGCAUUAUAUUUUCUGGAGGGAUCCUACAGCUGAGAUUCUCCUCUCCUCUGACUGAACAACUAAUAUGGCAUUAAAUGGGAAAAUCGCAGUAGUGACCGGAGCAGCGCGGGGAAUAGGAAAAGCAAUAACGGAGAUACUCCUGCAAAACGGUGCUAAGGUCGUUCUCCUGGAUGUGAAUGAAACUGAAGGAAAGAAUUUAAUGGAAGCCCUCGAGAAAGAGUACGGACGGGAGAGAACUUUGUUCCACAUCUGUGAUGUUGAAUCAGAGGAGCAGAUGAAAGCUGCCUUUCAGAAAACUGCAGAAACCUUUGGAGGAAUAGACAUCCUGUGCAACAAUGCCGGCAUCUUGAAUGAGACUGCGUGGGAGAAAACUGUCUCCAUAAACCUUAUGGGGGUUAUCAGGGGGACUUACCUGGCUCUGGAGCACAUGAACAAGUUGAGUGGAGGUCGGGGAGGGGUCAUCGUCAACACUGCAUCCAUGGCAGGUGUCAGUCCUAUAUUAACCUGUCCUGUCUACACGGCCACCAAGCACGGAGUGGUCGGCUUCACUCGAGCCAUGGCGGCUGCCUCUACUGCAUCAGGCUACGGUAUACGGGUCAACACACUUUGCCCAGGUUGUGUCCAAACUGACCUCCUCUCUUCCAUUCCUGCCAGUCUGGGGCCCUACUCCCACCUGACUGAUGAAACCCAACAGUUACUAGAAAAGCAUGGGACGUUAGCUGUGUCUGAAGUAGCAGCCUGCCUCCUCGAGCUGGUGACAGAUGAGACGAAGAACGGAGAGGCCCUCAUUGUGUUGCCAAAAGGAAGGAAAUACAUGACUUUUCCUUCUUUUAUCCAGUAGCUCUUCAUAAUGACAAACCACAACACCAUCAUACAGAACCAACCAAUGUUGAGUUAAGGAUUCUGGUAUUGUUUUGGUUCCAUGUCUUGUGUUCUACUGUUUUGCCCAAGUUUGAUCUGUGUUCUGUUGAUCCUGUUUUAAGUCUGUUUUUGGUUCUGCGUUUCUCUGUGUAGCCUUGUUUGUUAUUUUAUUCAUUCACAUGUUUUAGUUUACUUAGUAUUUGUCUUGUCUCUUAUCUUAGUUCUUAGUCCUGCGCUUUAGUUCUUUGCCUUAGUUCUUAGUCCUGUGCCUUAGUUCAUGUCCUAGUGUUACUCCUGGAGCCUGUACCACAAAGCGAGUUCAACAUACCCAGGAUAUUUUACAGUUAUCUGGCUUAACUAACCCUAACAAUCGUGGUUGGGAUAAGCGGUACCAUGAAGCUGUUAAAUCAACUCGGUAACUCAACCCAAGGUUUCCCAAUCCAGCUGUGAGCGCGUUCACAUAAAAGAGGCGGUGUUGGAAGCAGAUGAGGCAUAGUCUAUAAUAAUGUGUUGAUUUGAUGUGUUCUUAUGAACUGUAUGAAAAUAUCAGCCUUAUUCUUUCAAUAAAUCAAUAGCCCACAUUCAUAUUAAAAUUUAGUAUUUCAAUAUCCCUACCAAACUGCUCAUAAUAUUAGCCUAACAUAAGACAAAUGAAACCCAUUUGUUUUAAUGGCUGCGACAGGCUGUGUGAAACGGACUGGGAGCAAAUAUUAAACACAUUUCAAAGCAGUAAGUAGGCUCAGCCUACUGUAAAAACAUGAAGGCAACAAUAGCCUAAGAAUUUUAAUCAGUCUCUGUAGGAUGAUCGCUUUAGCCUACAAGAGCUUCUCUAUAUCACCGCAGCAAACAUUAAGCAGCCUAUAGGCUAAAACAGUCUGUGGGAUUUCCUGCAGAUGGUGAUCUCAUUUUCUAAGAGAGCUGAUUGGUCAGUAGGCGGCAUUUUCAUAGAGUUGAUCUCUUAUCUGGAACAUAACCUGCUCCGAAGCAGGUUAGCCGUUCACCAUAAGUUACCAUGGCGAUCUACCCUGGUAUGAAGUGACCCAGGGUUAACCCUGAAGUUACCUGGAUAAGCUCAAAUCCUGCUUCGUGGGACAGGCCCCUGGUCUGUGUACUUCGGUGUUUGUUAUUAUUUUGGUCUUGUCUACUGUUUCAUCCUAGUCUGUCUGUUGUUAGUUUCUGUCUGCUACCCCUGAUCACUGUGCCCUGUCUAUUCUCUCCUUGUAUGUGUGUCUAAGUCCUAUGUCUCCAUGUUUGUGUAGUCUUGUUUCCUGUUUGGUACGGUCUCUCCCUGCUGUGGUUUUGUUCUGUCAUGCUGUUGUUCCCCGUUUUCUGCUUUGGUAACUCUGUCCUUGUGUGCUCCCAUGUGCUUUACUUCCUGUUUUAUAUUGUGGUGUUCAGUUCUCAUUUGUCCUUGUCUAGCUUUGUUUCUUGUUGUUUGAUUACCUGAUCUUACCCUACCUUACCUGUGUUUCAGCUGUGCUUAUCUCCCUGCUCGUUUGCCUGUGUACCAGUUCUGUUGAGUCUUUGUGAUAUCCUUAAGUCUUAUGUUGAGUGUUCAGCCGUGCCUUGUUCUCUGUGUUUCCUGGAUUUAUCUAGUGGAUUACUACUUUGUUCUCUAUUUUGAAUUACCCUAUUUCAUUGGACUUUCGUGUGGAUACCUUUGUUUGGACUUUUUGCCUGCUGUGCUCCUGAGUAAGCCUGUUUUAAGUUGCUUAAUAAAUCUUUUGUUUGAACUGCA